GUCAGUGUCGUAUGGGCUCCGCCGCGUAUCAACCGUGUGGCGUAUCAACCGCCACUUCCCCGCGUAUCAAUCGUACGAAUCGUAGUGUCGUGAUUUCGGAUGAUAGUGCUGUUUGAUUGAUUGAGUGAUGUGUGAUGAGUGAAAAAGAUGCGACGCGUCAACUAGCACAAAUGGACGCGAGGGGGGCGCGGCAGAAUGACGGUGAAGGCUCACGGCUCCGACCCGGGCACUGAAGCCACGAUGAGCACGACACUGCUGCCGUACCACAACAGCUCACACUACACGACAUACCUCUACCCUUCGAAAAGGCCACCCGAUGUUAGGAAUACUACAGUGAAAGUGGAAGUCAGGGAUGCCAACACUAGCGGUGAUUUUAUGAGGCUAGUGGAAGACUUUAGUGAUUACUUCUAUGGAAACACGUCCCAUGACUUUAGCACCAACUCCAGCCUAGACUUGGCCGACGUGUAUGGCUAUACAAACUGUAGUUUUAACGGUACAUUCAAUAUAUCAUGUUUUAAUAGACAAGUGGAUGAUUCGGAGCAGAAUCUGUGGGCGUUGUUGCUGUUGAUAUUUCCUUUUUUCACGUUGUUCGGGAAUGUGUUAGUGAUUAUGAGUGUAGUUCGCGAGCGGACGCUGCAGACUGUGACGAAUUAUUUUAUAGUGAGCUUGGCGGUGGCCGACCUGCUGGUGGCAGUCGUCGUGAUGCCCUUCGGAGUUUAUUACUUGGUAAACGGCUCGUGGGGUCUCCCAGCCUUCGUGUGCGACGUGUACAUCGCGAUGGACGUCACCUCCUCCACCUCCAGCAUAUUCAACCUCGUCGCCAUAUCUGUUGAUAGGUACAUUGCAGUAACGCAGCCAAUAAAAUACGCGAAGCACAAGAACAACAAGCGGGUCUGGUUCACCAUCGUGCUGGUGUGGCUGAUCUCCGCAGCCAUCGGAGCCCCCAUCGUCCUGGGCCUCAACGACACGCCCGACAGGAACUUUGACGAGUGCCUCUUCAACAGCCAGAACUACGUCAUCUACUCUUCUUUAGGCUCCUUCUAUAUCCCCUGCAUCAUGAUGAUGUUCCUCUAUUAUAAUAUUUUUAAGGCGUUAAGAAACCGAGCAAAAAAGCAGAGAGCAGCCAAAAAGCCGCCAGUAUCUGGUGACCCCAACACGGGAGCCACUACAGCGGUGGUGAUAGAAAACGUGGCUCAGACGAGAAGGCUGGCAGAGACUGCGCUGCAUGACGACAGACCCACUAACACUGGGUCUGGGAGUAAUGAGGAUGAUCAUGAAGACAGCUUCGACAAGAGAUCAGCAGAUUUGGAAGCGGAUGCGGACGACUGCCACGUGAUCCCGAACGACAAAUCCACCGAGUUCAUGCUGGCCACUGUCACGGAGGAAACUGCCAACACACCAAAAAGAAAUAUCAAAUCUCAACCAGCCCCAGACCCGAAUGGCAACAACGAUUCAGGGUACGCGCCCUCCAACCUUGAGGACACCAUCAGAGAGCACGUCUCACCUCCAGGGUCACCAGGGUUGAAAGACGCCACCGUUCUGAAGAACAUGGCAUGCGAUGGUUCCAAGUGGAAGAAGAAUGGGAAGACUUCUUCCAAGUUAUCUACAGAUUCCAGAAACGUAUCACUAGCCCUCCGAUCAGAGGAAGACGUCACAGCCAGCCAGUUCGACCUUCGAGACGGUUCCAGCUCCAAGAAAGAAAGAAAAGCAAGCGCAGCCACAGCUCGCUUCACCAUCUACAAAGCAAAUAAAGCAAGCAAGAAGAAAAGAGAGAAGUCUUCUGCAAAGAAGGAGAGAAAGGCUACUAAGACAUUGGCGAUAGUAUUAGGUGUGUUCCUCUUCUGCUGGGCACCAUUCUUCACGUGUUCAGUCCUCGGCGCUAUCUGCGAUAAGAUCGGCCUCUCCUUCGACCCUGGAGUGACGGUGUUCAUCCUGACCACGUGGCUGGGCUACAUCAACUCGUUCCUCAACCCCGUCAUCUACACCAUCUUCAACCCUGAGUUCAGGAAGGCGUUUAGGAAAAUACUCCAUUGCGGCACCUAGCCCGCAGACUAUUUGGUCGUCUUCACUCAGUAGAUCUCGGUUUGUUGGAAAGAUUUUUGGAUACAAAUUAAUGUUAUGGAAAGGUGACAAAGAUGUCUAUCAGUUUGACGGCAGGUGGGCUGAAAGCUCUUAUAGAUGAACCAUGACUCUACUUCAAACUACCUGAUUGUAAGCUACUGAUCCUAUGUGCCAAAGGCAACCAAAGUAAUAUGUAUCAAAAAAUCUUCAACAAAUAUUUACUCUUCUCUUAUAAAAUAUAUUUAAGAGAUCUACUGGACGACCAAAUUGUACAAAGUACAAUCGCAUACAAUGGUGUUUAUACUUAAUGUGAUAAACCAAUAAACGUGUCGUGUGUUAGUCGUAGCAACAUAGCAUAUCAAAAUGUAUUUAAAGAGUAAUUUAUAAAGUUGGAAGUUAUUGUAAAGGUGUAUCUGUAUUGUAUAGCUUGCUUACAGCUCAUGAUAUUCUAGUCAUCAGAACUAUAUGCCAAAGAUAUUAGAAGCGAUAUUACUAAGCUUUAGUUAUUUUAAGGUUGUGAUUAUUUUAAUUUUCAAUUUUAUCGUUAAUCGUUUUUCUUCAUAGCGUAAUGUACAGUCGACAAGAAAUUCUCUAGUAUUAUUAAAAUAAUAAAUAAAAUCAACUGUAACUAUAGCACAAAGAAGACAAUGUAGUGAAAUAAUUAAGAAACCAAAGAUUUAUUUUCAACUCAUUAAUGUGAAUAUUGUGUAACAUAAUAAUGCGUAAAUUUUUGUUAUUGUUUGAGUGAAAUCGCUCGAGAAAUGUUUAUGUAAAAGUUAAUAAUUGUAAGUGAAUAGUUUUGUUUUUGAAUACUCAGGACUUUAAUCUCUGCGUUAAUUUUCUCUUGCCUUUUUCCGUCCACGCGUUUCUCUCAAUAUCUCACCCUUCCUAGUAAUUAGUUGUAAUAGAUAAUAAUAAAUAAAUAGAUAAUGUUAGCUGUACGAAUGACAACGUCGAUGGAAGACAAUGCACUGCGAGAUUUGACAAGGUAGUAUGUAAAUAACUUGCCAAAUAAUUUAUAUGAAAAUGUUAGUAAAAUUAUAAUACACAGAUAAUGAUGGUUGAGUAAGAAAUAUCUAUGAACUUUUAUUAAAAUUAACAAGAGUGUUAAGAACACCAAACUCAUUCACGUAGGUACUAACAUAUUUUAUUAUGACAUUAGGUACAGUCUGCCACAAAAUUACAACUUGUCAUGUCAAAAAAUGUACAGAUAAAAUUACCAUUUAAAUAUUACUUUGUUAAAUAAAAUAAUAAUAUGAUGUAUUGUAAUUUCUUACUCAAUAAUCAUUUGUUUGUACAAUAUUUAACACGAUAUAUCAUAUCAAAAAAUUGUUUUCUACUUGAUAACUAGGUGAUUAUUUUGUAGGAUAAAUAUUAAAAACAAGUAUAAAUGAAAUGUGGCAAUCAAUGAUCUUCCAAAACAAAGUAUUAAUCAAGUGAUCUUACGUUUAUUAGUGUAUAAUCAUGUUGUAGAAGAAAUUUAUUUUUAUUUUAAUAUUUUAAUGAAGUUGCGGGUAAUUUUAGCAUUUAUUCCCAUUCCAUUCCAAGUUUUAAUGGAUUUAUUGUCAUAAUUUUAUUAUUUACCCUUUUCUCUUGAUAGAGAAUCUACGUAUAAAAAUAUAAAUGUGUUUGUUUCUUUAAAAUAUUAUUUAUGCAAGAUAAUUUAUAUUUCAAUAAUGAAUCCAAUACAAUAAAAGAUUAUAUUUUUAUUUGCACAGUAAUUUAAAAAAUAUUUUAGCAAAGUUGAUGUGAUCUCAAUUAGAAUAAUUAUUGUUUGCUCAAUUUAUUCUGUGCUAUUAAAUUAUUCGAAUAUUUUUUUUAAUUAUGUCGUUUAUUAUAUUUAAUCUGUCUGUCACAGGCAGGAAAUGUAUGAUUAUUUUUAGUACAGUCAUGUCCAAAAAUAUGUAUGAAAUAUUUUUUUUUUUUUUAGUAGAAAUGAGAUCUGAAAGAUUUACUUUUGAAUUCAUAAUACUCUUAAGAUCUCAAAAGGUCAUAUUACUGCAAGUAUUAUAACAUAAAAACAUCUUAUUUCGUUAUUAAUGUUGUAAAAAGAUUGAUACAUAUAAAGUUACUUGGUUUUGGUUGAGUCUGUCUCUUUCAAGUAAACUCGUAUUAAAAUGUAAAAUAAACAAGAAACAAACUUGUAACGUAAGUUGGAAAUUGUUUUUUGUUUUCACACCACACGUGGGGAUUAGAAAAAGUAAUUUUAAGUUGCUCAACUUAAUUCUUGUGUCUUUCGGCUCAAUGUAAAUUUGUUUAAGCAAUAUUCAUUAAUAACGAAACAAUAAUAUUAGAUGUCUGUCUAUUGUAAUCUAUGUAAUAAGGAAUACAUUUGUAAAAUUGUAAAUAAAAACAACAGGGUUCCUUGUAAGAAUCCGUAUAUUUAAUCGUUUUAUCAUAUUGUUAGUUAAACAAUUUAAAUAAAUUUAAUGAUAUUAUUAUAAUAAUAAGACGUUUUGUCUAUAGUGUAUCUGUAACAUAGAUAGAAGGAUAUUUAUAAAUAAUAAAAUGUUAUCCAAAGUCGGGCUUAAUAGAACGUUUUAGUACUUGCAAAGUAGACGGUAUUCUAUUAAACCAAUAUCUAUUUACUUUCGACAGUUCCCUUUAUUGAAAGAAUAUAUAUUACGUUGAACUGUAAAUAUUGCAAUAAGUAUUAGUCAUUUAAACAUUUUUUAACGUUUGUGUUGAUCUAUUUUUAUUCGCUGUUUGGGCGCAGUCUAUAACAAAAGUAUAAUACAAGUUAGUUGUUUAAAAAAAACACAAAAAGUUUAAAUACCGCCGUGACAGUUAAUCUAAUAAAAUAUUUUAUUAUUUAAGAAAAAAAUAUUUAAAUAGAUCAAAUGAAAUAUAAUAAAUAAUAAUUGAAAGUAUAAGUACUUUUGUUACCGACUGUACGCAAAGUAUAAGAUGUGUUUGUUGGGACCUAGUUGGGCUCCUAUGAUGUAGCGUUUUAUCUUUCUAUGCGAGAAAUGUGAUGAUGAUUUAAAUAUAUUCUGUUUUUACAA